UGGGCCGGGCCGGCCGGGCCGAGCGGCUCAGUCCGUUUCCCGUCGGGCGCCGCGCCGACCGGGGGCCUCGUGGCGGGGCGUGGUCUGGGCCACCUCCCCGCCCUGCGUCUGCCGGGCUCCGGCUCCGGGGUUCGGGCCCCGGGCUCGUCGAGGGUGAGGAACUGCUGUGGGUCGUCAUGUCUGCAAUCAAACGGACGCUCAAAGAGAAUGACCCCGACUAUGAGGACAUUUCUGUGGCGCCCCCAAACAAGCGGCAUCGAGCCCUGGAGGACUCAGCUCGAGACGCUGCCGUGCAGAAGAUUGAAACGAUUAUUAAGGAGCAGUUUGCUGUCGAAAUGAAAAACAAGGAGCAUGAAAUUGAAGUCAUAGAUCAGCGACUGAUUGAGGCCCGAAGGAUGAUGGAUAAACUUCGAGCUUGCAUUGUGGCAAACUACUACGCUUCUGCCGGUCUUUUCAAAGCUUCUGAGGGAUCAAAGACCUAUGACACCAUGGUUUUCAAUCAUCCUGCUAUCAAGAAAUUUUUGGAAUCUCCGUCAAGGCCAUCCUCUCCUGCUAAUCAGAGAUCAGAAACACCGUCUGUUAACUGUUCAGAAAGUGAUUCUUUAUCUCAGCACAACGACUUCUCAUCUGACAAAGACAAUAGCAGCAACCUGGACCUGGAGGGGAGAUUGUCCAACACUGUGGAGCCUCAGAGGCCUGGAAGAAAUACCGGGCGGGACCCCGCUGGUGGAGCCAGCUCCCGGAAAACAAACCAACAGAAUUCUGAUCUCACUUCAGAAGACGUUUCAAGACUUUUUGUGAAGAAAACCAUAGUAGUUGGCAAUGUGUCAAAGUACAUUCCCCCUGAUAAGAGAGAAGAAAAUGACCAGUCGACUCACAAGUGGAUGGUGUAUGUCCGGGGAUCCCGGAGAGAGCCCAGCAUCAAUCACUUUGUGAAGAAAGUCUGGUUCUUUCUCCAUCCCAGCUACAAACCAAAAGACCUUGUGGAAGUACGAGAGCCUCCUUUCCACCUGACCAGGAGAGGUUGGGGUGAGUUUCCGGUCAGAGUUCAAGUUCACUUUAAGGACAACCAGAACAAACGGAUCGAUAUCAUCCAUAACCUGAAGCUGGACAGAACUUAUACUGGCCUGCAGACUCUGGGUGCUGAGACGGUGGUUGAUGUUGAGCUCCAUCGGCAUUCCCUUGGAGAAGACCACCUUUACCCUCAGUCCUCAGAGUCUGAUGUCUCAGAUGUCCCUUCAUCUUUGCCUUUGCCCAUCCCAGCCCCAGUGAAAGCUUCUUCCCCCAGAAAGCCUUCACACGAGCCUGUGCCUGAUGCUGCUGUGGAGAAAGGUUUCCAAGCAAAAACUGAAGCUGAGAGACCCACAGCAUUUUACUCUUUGCCAUCAUCAGUGGAACGGACACCCACAAAAUUGGUGUCCUCCCAGAGGGUGACCUUUGGUUCUCAUGGCAAUUCAGCAUUUCAGCCAAUAGCAGCCAGUUGCAAAAUUGUGCCACAAGGUCAAGUUCCUAAUCCUGAGUCUCCUGGAAAAUCUUUUCAACCGAUCACUAUGAGCUGCAAGAUUGUCUCAGGAAGCCCCACCAGCAAGUUGUCCACUGCUUCUCAGACUGCCCAAGGAACAGGGUCUCCCAUUCCUAAGAUCCAUGGAAGUAGCUUCGUCACUUCUACAGUCAAGCAGGAAGACUCCUUGUUUGCCUCUAUGCCUCCUCUUUGCCCAAUUGGGAGUCACUCUAAGGUGCAGAGCCCUAAACCUGUGGCUGGAGGCCUUGGAGCUUUCACCAAGGUGAUCAUCAAGCAGGAGCCUGGAGAAGCCCCCCACAUGCCCACCUCAGGAGCCACCACCCAGCCACCUCUGCCCCAGUAUGUGACUAUGAAAGGGGGUCACAUGAUCGCCGUGUCCCCUCAGAAACAGGUCGUGGCUGCAGGAGAAGGGACUGCUCAGUCACCAAAGGUGGUCGGUGUGCCGGUCGGGUCUUCUCUGCAGUCCACAGUGAAGCAGGCCAUGGCGAUCAGCGGUGGCCAGAUCCUGGUGGCCAAGGCCAGCUCCGCCGUCGCCAAGGCCGUUGGUCCAAAGCAAGUUGUAACCCAAGGAGUGGCCAAAGCGAUUGUGAGCGGAGGUGGAGGAACCAUCGUUGCCCAGCCUGUGCAGACCUUAACCAAGGCUCAGGUCACUUCCACUGGGGCCCCGAAAAGUGCAUCCCAGGGUUCAGUGAUGGCUACUUUGCAGCUGCCUGCCACCAACCUGGCCAACUUGGCAAAUUUGCCUCCUGGCACCAAACUGUACCUUACGACAAACAGCAAGAACCCUUCUGGAAAAGGAAAACUUCUGCUGAUCCCUCAAGGGGCCAUCCUGAGAGCCACAAACAAUGCCAACCUCCAGGGAGGAGCUUCUGCAGCCGGAAGCAGCAGCAGUGGCGCAGGCCCACAGGGUGCGAACCCCGGAGGGGUAUCCCCGCAUUUGACCUACACGUCGUAUAUUCUCAAGCAAACUCCACAGGGCACAUUUUUAGUUGGCCAGCCAUCCCCUCAGAGUUCUGGAAAGCAGUUGGCAACUGGGUCAGUGGUUCAGGGCAAUUUGGGGGUCAAUGCAUCUUCCACGCAAGGACAGCAGGCAUUAAAAGUCAUCUCUGGUCAAAAAACGGCUUUGUUCACCCAGGCAAACCCCGGUGGGCAGGCAUCUCUGAUGAGAAUAUCUGACGGCUCCUUGAAGUCUGUGCCGGCCACUGCCCCACUCUCCAAGCCUGGGACCACUGUCCUGAGGGUUGCAGGGGGUGUGAUCACUACUGCAGCCUCCCCAGCUGCCUCUCUCUCUGCCAAUGGAGUUGUACAGCAGUCAGAAGGAGCAGCUUCCAGCUCAGCAUCAUCGGUGGGACCUGGUGGGAAAGCUUGUGGGCAACAGUCACUGUGUGUGACUCCAGCCCAGGCAGGGCCUGCAGGAGCCAACAGAGCUGGUGCCUCAGCGGUCAUUAGUGCCACAUCCCUGAUGUCCACAGCGACUCCUGUCUCUGGCAAAACUGCAGUUUCAGGCUUGUUAAAGAUCCAUUCCAACCAGGCCAGUCCUCAGCAGGCCGUCCUGACCAUACCCAGCCAGCUCAAACCGCUGAGUGUAAAUGCUGCAUCCGGAGGCGUCCAGACUAUCCUGAUGCCCAUGAAUAAAGUAGUUCAGUCAUUGUCUGCCAACAAGACACCUGCCAUGCCCUCUGUGGUUGCCCCCAGUUUGACUGCUGUCACCUCUACUUCAGCCACUGUUACUAAAGUGAAGAUGGAGCCAGAAACACCAGGAUCAAAUGGCCUCCCUUUGGUCUCCCAGGAAGUGCAGACAGAAGUGAAGACGGAAGAAAGUACUGAACUGGGGAACUAUGCGAUCAACAUAGAACAUUUAGAAAAUACCCAACAGCUUCUAACAGCAAUAGUCAAGAAGAUCCCAUUAAUCACUAAAAAGGGUGAAGAUGCCAAUUGUUUCUGUGCAAGUUCUGUGGAGCAGUAUUAUAGUUGGAACAUUGGGAAACGGAGGGCAGCCGAGUGGCAACGAGCAAUGACAAUGAGAAAAGUCUUACAAGAAAUACUGGAGAAGAAUCCCAGGUUUCACAAUGUGACACCCCUCAAAACCAAGCACAUUGUCCAUUGGUGUCGUUGCCACGGUUAUACUCCACCAGACCCAGAGAGCUUGAGAAAUGAUGGUGAUUCCAUCGAGGACGUACUGACGCAGAUAGACAGUGAGCCAGAGUGUCCAUCAUCCUUCACCACCGCUGAUGAUCUCUGCCGAAAACUGGAAGACCUGCAGCAGUUUCAGAAAAGAGAGCCAGAGAACGAUGAGGAAGUGGACAUUCUCAGUGUCAGUGAGCCCCUAAAAAUAAACAUCAAGAAAGAAAAGGAAGAGAAGCAAGCAGGAGUGAAGUUCUAUUUGGAAACAAUGCCCGCAUCCGAGUUUGUCAGUGACACGGCACAAAAGAUCGGAAUCACCCUCCAGCCUGUGGAACUUCACAAGAACACAUAUGCAUCUGUUGUGGAAGAUAUGAUUCUAAAGGCGACCGAGCAACUAGUGAGUGACAUCCUGAGACAGGCUUUGGCCAUUGGGUACCAGACAGCAUCUCACAGCAGGACUCCGAGAGAAAUCACAGUGAUGAAUAUUCACCAAGCCAUCUGCAAUAUCCCCUUUCUUGAUUUUCUCACUAACAAACAUAUGGGAAUAUUAAGCAAGGAACAAUAAACUGAAGAUGCCCCCAGAAACCUAGGAUGAUGUGAAGACUCAGCCAAAGUGUGUGAACUGACCUCAGUGCCCGGGUCCAUGCUCCUCACCAGUCAUUAAGUGAAAUAGGGAGUGGAUCAACAAACUCUUUCCACUUGAACUUAAUUGGUCCAUGUGAAGAUUCAAGAGUAAGGGAGACCCGGAGCUGGGAUGGCUGGAAGGGUACCUGGUUCUCUUAGUCCGGCCUUGAUGUAUUUCCACCACACGUCCAUGGGAGUCUCUAAGGUCUGUGCAGGGUUCCUGGGAAGACCAUACACUGGGUCUGGUUCACACUCAGCACUGCCAGUGGUGUCUGGGGUUUGGCAGCUUCCCCCUGUUGUCUUGGAAGAAUAACUGUCCCAGAAGUGACAGAUGGGAAGCUAUAGUGGAGGUGACAGCGGCACUGUUGACCCGCCUUGUUGUGGAGAGGCAGCUGCUAUGCCAGGACCUCCCCAAGUGGUUGUUUGGACUUUGAGCUGAAUAUUAUGAAUGGCUGCAGCAGGCAGAUCUGUGGGAAAUAAUGGACACCCUGGGGAAAAACUCAAUGACUCCCCAAGGUGCAGGCUAGCUGCUUAUGGAGUGAAGAAUAUUGCCCAAGCUAUUCUCUCUAAGAAGACUCCAGGGCGUGUAUUAAGUUUGAUCGUGAGUGGUAAGAAGUUCGAACCUUCCAAUCUUGCACUUAAUCGGUUGGGAAUUAACAGUGGCCAGACAUCUUGGGCUGCGGAAAAGCCAGAAGCACCUUUGGAUCACCAUGUGUAGGAUGAGUAGCUGGCUCUUCUGUGUGUGCAGCUUGCUCCCUUGCAUGCAGCCAUGGGCUCUCUCCUUUGCCACGCACACUUCAUUUACAAGCAUCUGGCUAUCUCCGGUGGGGUGUGUGCUGGCAGGCUUGCUUACCAGCUGUUUAUUUUUAUGGAAACCCCCCCCAACUGAGGGCCAAAUGGGAAGGAUUCCUGCAUAGGAUGGUAUAGACUGAAAUAGACAUCACGGUUCCCCUCCAUCCCUGAGUGUCAUUGAUGAGAUGAGCUCUCAGGCCUCUAGCUUAGCACCCCACGGCUCAUCAGAUCUGUCGGGGAGCUCACAUCCCAGAAAAAAGAAACGGUGCAAAGACAGACCUGCAUGUGUUUGUCCAGUGGAGAAAGACAGAGUCCUUCAGCUGUGAGCAGAGGCAUCAAAACACACAGAUGAGCAGGAGCAAAGCCCAAAGAGGACAAGCACACAAGGAAGAGCUUUUAUUUAGCAGCAGCCCUGGCCUGAUGCCCAGGGCACGUGGAAGACAUCAGAUUCACUUGGUCUCAUCCCACAGUCCAUCUGGGAUGCCGAGCAGAGAGGCAUCCAACAACCAGCAACAGGAACUGGUCAACCUAGACCCUGGAGAAAAACUCAGCCCGUGGCACCUUAGGUAGUCAGGAGGAUGGGGUUAUUCAGACAACCCUGUCCAAGUUUUCAUGAAGUCAGGCUAAGUGUUCCGAGUCAAGAGAAGAUGAGGUGUGUCCCAGGAGAAUUAAGCGAGGGGUCCACUUGAUCAUAAUGUGUAUCCAGCAGUCUGAGAGAGGAGAAGGCUGUCGGUACAGUGCAUGUCAUGCUCGGAACACAAAAUGCAAAUCAUUUCACUUUCAAAGACUUGGAAUAUUUUAACAGUUAAAUAAAUCCCCCAAAGCAUUUGAGAAUAGCAGGCAUAGAUUUGGAUUCAAAAGGAAGUUUUCUCUGAAAUCUUUAAAUCUAAGAUCUGGGGGAAAAAGAGGCAGUUGGUCCAUGGCUGACCCAAAGGAAAGAAAGUUCUUUCACUGUGAGUGGGAGAAUAUAAUAAACAACUUUUAGGCAAAGGAAAUAUUAAAUGAUUAAAAGCUGCCCUUAUAUGUGUUAAGAAUCUUCCCAUGUAUUUGUAUGAUAACGUGUAACAUAACCAUGUAAUAUACAUGGCUACAAUAAAUUUUCUUUUAGUAGCUGU